AUGGGCCUGAGCCCCGCCGCCCGGGACGAGGGCGGGCGCCGCCUCCCUAGGCCCCCACGGUCCCGCGUCAGGCCCGCCUUGAGAACCGCGAGUACUGGGCCGAAUGGCACCCAGCCCGAUCCUGGACUUCCAGCCGGGCCCCGGUCAGGCCGCUGCGGGCGUGGGGCUUCUCCCCACCGAGCCGCCACGCCCGGGCCUGGAGCCUUCCGGGGUCGUUCUCCAGGUCCCAGCAGGCCCUCGGACCUCCAGAAAGAAGAAUCUGUGGGAUCUCAGGUGUUGGACCAGCUUUUGCCCAAGCAGCCGCAGCAGGACACGAUAGAACAGGGCAGAAGCAGUGUCCAGCAGGGGGAGAAGCCCGUAGUCAGCCUGGAGUCCACACCCAACCAGAAGAGAACAGAGUGGAAUUCAACCCCGAAGCCUGGGACUGCGGGCAGGUUAACGAAGCAAGCAGCGGAGGAUAAACCGAAACCCAGACCUGGAGACCUGAUUGAGAUUUUUCGGAUUGGCUAUGAGCACUGGGCCAUCUAUGUGGAAGAUGAUUGUGUGGUUCACCUGGCUCCCCCAAGUGAGGAGUUUGAGGCUGGCAGCAUCACUUCUGUCUUCAGCAACCGGGCGGUGGUGAAAUACAGUCGUCUGGAGGACGUGCUGCACGGCUGCUCCUGGAAGGUCAACAACAAGCUGGAUGGGACGUACCUGCCCCUGCCUGUGGACAAGAUCAUCCAGCGGACAAAAAAGAUGGUCAACAGGAUCGUGCAGUACAGCCUGAUCGAGGGCAACUGCGAGCACUUUGUCAACGACCUGCGAUACGGCGUGCCCAGGAGCCAGCAGGUGGAGCACGUGCUGAUGCAGGGAGCCAAGGCGGCAGGGGCGGUGCUGUCAGCCGUGGUGGACAGCAUAAGACCCAAAUCAGUGACGGCCUGA